CGCUUUUUUAAGCGUUUUCACACAUACCACUCUCUCUUUCUUUCUUUCUUUCUUUUCACUACUUGUCCCUUCUCUUCUCUUCCUUUCCUUUGUUUCCUUAACACAACAGAUAGAGCAGCAGCAAUGGCGGGUUACAGAGCCGACGACGACUACGACUACCUCUUCAAGGUGGUUCUGAUCGGCGACUCCGGCGUCGGAAAGUCCAACCUCCUCUCGCGUUUCACCAAGAACGAGUUCAACUUGGAGUCCAAGUCCACCAUUGGCGUCGAGUUCGCAACUCGCACUUUGAACGUCGAUUCCAAAGUCAUCAAGGCCCAGAUCUGGGACACUGCAGGCCAAGAAAGGUAUCGUGCCAUCACCAGCGCUUACUAUCGUGGGGCGGUUGGUGCACUUCUUGUGUACGACGUCACUCGCCAUGCAACAUUCGAGAAUGUUGACAGAUGGCUGAAAGAAUUGCGGAACCACACAGACGCCAACAUUGUUGUGAUGCUUGUCGGUAACAAAUCAGACCUUCGUCACCUUGUGGCUGUGUCAACCGAAGAUGGGAAAUCCUAUGCUGAGAAAGAAUCACUUUACUUCAUGGAAACCUCAGCUCUUGAGGCCACCAAUGUAGAGAAUGCAUUUGCUGAAGUUCUGACUCAAAUCUACCGAAUUGUUAGCAAGAAAGCAGUAGAGGGGGCUGAAAAUGGAACUGCAUCUGUGCCUGCCAAAGGAGAGAAAAUUGAUCUGAAAAAUGAUGUGUCUGCUUUGAAGAGAGUUGGUUGCUGCUCGAGCUGAGGUUGGGAAGCAUAGUUCAAUUGGUUGGUAUCGGCUCUGUUGUACGUGUAAUAUUCUGAGAAAUACGAACUAGAAGAAAAGUGAAAUUUAAUUUGUCAUAGCAUGUUAGACUCUUUGUGUAACCUUAAAAAAACUAAGUUUGGUGUUUCAAUAGGGUGAAGCAAGUUGAUUGCUAAGUGGCCUAGUCUUACUUGUUGUAGUGUUGUUAUUAUUGUUUUUGGAAUGCUUUCACAUGCAAAGAGGUUCAAGCUUGGGAUUAAUUGAAGCUAUUGUUUCAUUUAA